AUGGCGACCCAGAGCGGUGGGGGCCAGAAGCCCUUCCACAUCGUCUCACCCCUCCUGGAGAGCCUGGCCCUGUCGCGGGCAGGGGGCACCAAGGUCUACAUGAAGCUGGAGAACGUCCAGCCCACCGGCUCCUUCAAAAUCCGCGGUGUCGGCCACCUCUGCCAGACAGCUGCCAAGAAGGGCUGUUGCCGCUUCAUUUGCUCCUCAGGGGGCAACGCAGGUUUGGCAGCGGCAUACGCUGCCAAGAAGCUGGGGUUGCCAAUCACCGUGGUGGUCCCCAGCACCACCGGCCCUGUCACCGUGCGCAGACUGGAGGAGCUGGGGGCAGAGGUGGAGGUCUCCGGCCAGGUGUGGGAUGAAGCCAACAGAAGAGCGCAGGAGCUGGCACAGACCAAGGGCUGGGUCAGCAUCCACCCCUUCGACCACCCCUUGGUGUGGGAGGGUCAUGCCAGCCUGGUCCAGGAGCUGAAGGACUCUCUGGAGACCAAGCCAGAUGCCAUCCUGCUGGCGGUGGGCGGCGGGGGGCUGCUGGCAGGGGUGGUGGCCGGCCUGCACCAAGUGGGCUGGCAGGACAUCCCCAUCAUCGCCGCCGAGACCUGGGGAGCUCACAGCUUCCACGCGGCACUGGCGGCCGGCCGGCUUGUCACCCUGCCUGACAUCACCAGUGUGGCCAAGUGCCUGGGAGCCAAGACGGUGGCGGCACGGGCACUGGAGUGCGCCCAGGAGUGCCAAGUCAUCUCCCAGGUGGUGGAGGAUGCGGAGGCUGUUCGAGCUGUGGAGCUUGGCAGUGUGGCCAAGUGCCUGGGAGCCAAGACGGUGGCGGCACGGGCACUGGAGUGCGCCCAGGAGUGCCAAGUCAUCUCCCAGGUGGUGGAGGAUGCGGAGGCUGUUCGAGCUGUGGAGCAGUGCCUGGUGUUGGGGGUGGGUGGGGCCAGCAGCAUCCAGGGGGCCCAGCUGCAGGCUUUGAAGAGCCAGCUGGGGCUGGAGUGA